GGAGUACCGCGACGUCUUCCCCCCGUAUUUCUCAUACAGCGGGAUUCCCCUGAUGCGCGGUGUCGAGCAUUCCAUCCAGCUCGUGCCUGACUAUCGUGUUCACCAUCAGGCACCAUACCGACUCUCGAUUUCAGAGGCGACGAAACUCAAGCGUCAGCUUGAGGAGCUCCUUCGACUUGGUUUCAUUAAACCUAGUAACUCCCCUUGGGGUGCACCUGUCCUCUUUGCUCGCAAAGCGGACGGAACUCUCCGCCUCUGCAUCGAUUAUCGCGGCCUUAAUCGUUACACGGUUAAGAAUAGCUAUCCCAUGUCCCGCGCGGAUGAGUUGUUUGACCGUCUGGCAGGCAACCGCUUCUUCACGAAGAUCGAUCUUCGUAGCGGUUACCACCAGAUCCGCGUUGCCGCAGAGGACCAGCCGAAGACCGCCUUUCGGUCGCGCUUCGGCCACUACAAGUUCACGGUGAUGCCAUUCGGCCUCACCAAUGCACCCGCCAGCUUCCAGACGGCGAUGAACGACAUCUUCAGGGACAUCCUUGAAGAAUACGUUCUCGUAUACCUGGACGAUAUCCUGGUCUACAGUCGUACCUUAGAAGACCAUAUCAGACACCUCCGCGAUGUCCUACAACGCUUACUCAAGCAUGACUUUUAUGCCAAGCUCAAUGAGCGUGGCUUCUUGAUUGGCCACGUGGCACCUGCUGUUGGUCACAUCGACCGUGACGCAGGGGCAGGGGUAGCGCCAGCUGUGAGAUCGACGUAUAAAUAUAUAGUGGCGCAGUUGUCUGGGUCCGUGAUGGAGUUGGUGGGGGGACUGCUACAUGGAGAUACUCUUUUUCACAAGGAAUACAACGUCCCGUAUGCUGAGGAUGAUGGGCAAGAUGAGGAGGACGUCGUCAACUACUAUGCUACUAUUUGUGCAGGGUGUGUGGAUUGGGGAGUGGAAAGUGACUUGGACCGUGAUGCGGAUGUGUGGGACACGGAUGAGCAGAAGGGUGGCGGAUGGUGGGAUGUCCUGACGACGCCCUCCCAUCAGGUCAGUGCUGAUGGUGUCACUCAUCCGCAUCUGGGUGGUGGAGAGCAGGAAGGUGAGUGGGAUACGGAUGAGCAGAAGAGUGGCGGACGGUGGGAUGUCCUGACAGCGCCCUCCUAUCAAGUUGUUGAUGGUGUCACUCGUCUGCAGCUGGGUGGUGGAGAGCAGGAAGGUGAGUGGGAGGUGGAGAAGGUGUUUAUGGCAGUGACAGCAGCGGUGGUUGAGGAGCGGCAAGGAUUGGGUGAGAUGGGCGGGAAGGGAGCGACGGAUGUCAACAACAGCAACAACAACAACAACAACAACAACAACAACAUCGAGAAGGGCGAGAAGGAUGAUAACAACAACACCAACAAUAACAGCAACAACAAUGACGAUGGCACGCAGGAACGGGCGUGAUGGUGAGCAGGGUGAGAAGGAUGAUAAUAUCAUCAACAAUGACGA